GAAGAGACGGAGAGACAUGGCUUCAGACGUGAUGUGCUUGUGUGUUGUUCUGCUCUUCUCUGGACUUCAGUUCACAACAGAGAUGAAACAUCAACUGUCCUUCAGAGGAAGAAGAGACGGAGAGACAUGGCUUCAGACGUGAUGUGCUUGUGUGUUGUUCUGCUCUUCUCUGGACUUCAGUUCACAACAGGCUGUGCAGUAGUGUUAUCAUACAUCACGUGUUCUCCAGGAGAGUCUGUGCUGCUGCCCUGCAGGGAUAUAAACUCACAUCUCACUGAAGUCCAGUGGUGGGUUGGUGAUUCUCAGACCCAGACUCUUCAUUACUCAGUGUCUCCUCUGGACGUUAUUAAGGGUCAGCGAUACAAAGACAGAGUUCAGAUUCAGGGGAAUCUCUCGCUGUCCAUCACUCGACUCAAUGUAGACGACGCAGGAAUGUACUGGUGUAAAACAACAGAGACGGACAAAGAGCGCAAUGUUUAUCUACAUGUUCAAGGUUGUUCUUUAUCAGGGAAUGAAGGAUCAGUGGAGAUCAGCAGAUAUUCAGGGGAAUCUGUGCUUCUGUCCUGUUUGGUCAAAUGUAGCGCCCGUCAUGAACCAGAUUCAGAGUUCAGAUGGAAAUUACCAAACUAUAGAGAAAUAAACCUGAACAUUAACUCUGCUGAACUCAGUCGACUCUAUCAGGGCAGAUUUCAGAUGUUUGAUAUAAAGUCAGGAAACCUCUCUCUGCUGAUCUCUAACCUGACUGAGGAAGAUGAAGGACUGUAUUCCUGCUGGAGUAAAGAGAAUCAACACAAGAGCUUCACACUCACUGUUAAAGGAUGCACACUGUCAGAGACUGAGCGGGAACCUAAAACCAAGUACACGGGUGACUCUGUGCUUCUGUCCUGCUCAUGUAAAGACCCAAAGACCAAUCCUAAGCACUUCAGAUGGACCCAUGUAGAGUCCAGUGGGACUGAAGUGUCCAGUCAAACUCUGCGGUAUAAAGACAGAGUCCACACGUUUCACAAGACGACUCCAUCAAAUCUGUCUCUGUUGAUCUCCAACCUGACUGAAGAUGACCAGGGCACUUACAGAUGCACAGUUAACAACAAAACAUCCGCUGACACCAGACUCAUCGUUAAAGGCUGUGUUUUAUCCAAACAUCACAUCACCAAGAGCUCCCAUCCAGGAGGAUCCGUGAUUCUUCCAUGUUCCUGUGAAGAUCCCAAAACCAGACCGGAGCACUUUGAAUGGAAGCGAGCAGCUGUGAAUGAGACGCUGGUUUCAGACGCGGAGGAGAUCAACGGCCGAUUCCAGACCAUCAGAGAUUCUCCUCAUAAUCUCUCCUUACGGAUCUCAAACCUGACCGAGACUGACCGAGGACUGUAUGUGUGCUCAGUCAACGGCAAACAAUCCAGACACGUCAAUCUCGCUCUUACAGAUUCUGCUGUUAUAAAUCCUCUCGAUUAUCAGUACUAUCUGAUAUUUCUGAUCUGUCUGAUGCUGCUGCUGGCGACUGGAUGCAUCUACCGGAGAUUUAACCAAAGAGCUAAAGGAGGACGCAGAGAGAUCCAGAGAUCAAAUGAUGAGGAUGACGUGACUUACUCCAGCGUCACACAAAUUAAAGGGAAAAAAAGACCUUGCAAAAAGGAAGAAGAGGUUGUUUAUUCGACUAUGGCAGACAUGAGCAGAUCUACUCGGGAGGAGGUUUAUUCAUCUGUAGUCCACAUCAAAUCUCACAAACCACAAUCCCGACUCAUGAACACUGAGGAGGCCGUUGUCUACGCAAGUGUGCAGAAAGAGAAAACAUGAUACAAACACACACCUACAAUUCUGCACUGGGUUAUUGUUUUAUGAUCAUUUUAAAGAGUUUGACGGCUUUUACAUUAACUUGAUUAGCUUUUUGUCAUGUUUACUACUAGCUUAAUUUCAUAUGGUUAGUCAUUUUGUAAAAAUUAUGACAUUGUUAGAAUGAAUGCUACAUUUCUGUUUUCUAAGAUUCUUGUA